AUGGCUGCAACCCAAGGCAGUGGUUCCAAAGCCUUUCUCAAAAACACUCUCAUAACUGUCCGAAAAACUUUCAAGAAACACAUAUGCCCAAUGUUCAAACGCAAGCCCUCCCCAUCAACCUUAAAUAUGCCGAAAAGAUCGACUUCAACGCUGGCCAAGGACCUGAGCAUAUCCAGCGACGAGUCACAGCCCCCUCGCUCAGUCCGCAUCCCUUUAGUACCCCAGCACAGCCAUGCACUGUUCAUACCCAAUAGCACCACGGAUGACAAGGAACACAAGCACAAGCUCGAGCACCCGAACGAGCCCCAGCCAGAGCACGAGCACCACGAAAACAUCUCACAGCCAAACAGUGUGACAAAGAGCCUUCGAAUCCAACGCUUGACUUCUCGUCUCCCUUCCUUUGAGCUUCCACGCACUCAGACAUCCGCAAGCCUCAGUCGCAAGUCAACCUUUACCACCUCGAGACUUCCUACCCCGACUGAGCCACCAAAGGAUGCACUGUACUCGCACGCGGUGUACCAGAAAGAAGGGCGCCGGAGCGUGCUGUCGCCUAUGGGAAGAGGAUGGGCAAUGCAAACUCGCGCAACACCCAGAAUUACCUUAAGCAAAACCAAUCGACCGUCGACUCAAACAUCUGUUCCUUCUCGACAGUCAAGCGCCUUUCUUAAAGUGCUAAGAAAGCCAUCGACACAAUACAAUGAAAGCAAGAAGAACCUAGAGGUGAAGGUCCCGACCCUGGCAUCGGCACCCCCACUGGCGCAUAUUGAGAAGGAGCGAGCUAGCAGCAUCCACCACCAUCUACCUCGUUACUAUCAAGCCCGCAACAGACUGUCUUCUCUAAACGUUGCAUCUCUUCACACCGCAUCCGCAGAGAGCACGGUGAACGCAAUGGCUUCUCCUAGGCGCAUUCGGCUGACCCAGGGCUUCGAGGACCUCAGGCUCGCGCAGGAUACCCAACAGACGAAGCUGUCCACGCUCAAGCACAUGUUCGAUCCUGGACUGGGGAACUCGACGAGUCAAAUCCAGAAGCCGCAUCUGCAAGUACAGACCCAUGAGCACGUCAAAGAGAACGACGUCCCAGCAGCUUCUCGCGCACACAUCCUGGCCCCCGCACAACAGCCGCAGUACGCAAACGUGCAGACAACUCCGAAGCGCUCCAAGUUACCUGUCUUGAGUCCUAGCAGCUCCAGGCGCAAGACACAGAAUGAGAGAAUGGUAUUGAAAUCACUACCACCAAGGAGUUCUGUUGAAACUCCCAUCUCACCUGUCCCUUCUCGUGUGUCAAACCCUAAGAGAAGAACAGUACUAACACCCCAAAUGGAUGGCCGGCCACAGGUCAAGAGUGCCAUGCCCCAGGAAUACUGGCUGGGCCGCUUCAUGACUUUGACCAACGCAUUCCACUACGAGGAUUCCUUCAAUGAACCGGAUAUUGCGACAGGAUUCGAGAUGCCCUCCAGUUACUCACGUCCAUUCCAGGGUUCGGACGAUGGGGACAUGGCCGCGUAUCGGGUGAAGCGGGCGUUCAUGGUCUUGGAGAACCGCUGUGCCACGGAGGAGGCCGCUGCGAGCUUGCGAGCAUUCCGGGAGGCGUACAUUCAGCGCUGCGGAGAUCAAUGGAUGUGCUAG